GGUCCUUUUACUAGUCGGAGAGGCGCCGAAUCUUUGCAGCUUAUGGUUAUGAGUAUUAUAAACGUGUCUUAUUGUAAAACGUAUUGUUUAUAUGAGCUUCGUUUAAACGAUUAUUUUCCCCAACGCAAUGGAGGAGGUUGAUGUCGAGCCGACAACCACACUCAUUCCUGGCAUCGACGUCACCCAGAAGCACCUGGGAUUUGUCUGGGGCCCUGGGGACAUCCUGGUCUACGAGACGAAGUACAAAGCAACAGGUGAUCCUUCCGCAGAUCAGGGCUGUCCUUCGGUUCACGUGGUCAGGAAAGACGAGGACAUUUACUCGCCGAUCCUGCGAAAGCUCUUUAACGAGUCUCAUCACAUAUUCGUGGGGCUCCAGAAGAUCAAAGAUGACGUCCCAAGCAAAAACAAGAAAUCCCAGUUUGUCAGUAUCAGCAAGCACUACAGAUCAGUGAUACGAGCAUGUAUGGAGGAGCUUCAGCAAGUUGCAGUGUCUACACGAGAUGCAAUUUUAGGAGCGCAGUACAACAAUCAGCUUUCAAUUCUGCUGGCAGUGGAGAUCAUCUGGAACCUGUGUGAGGUGCUGUUUAUCGAAGCGGCUCCAGCGGGUGCCCUCCAGCUCCACCUGCUGGACUGGGUGCGUCUGCACAAGGCGGAUGUGGACGAGAAGGCCCAGGAGGUGCUGCAGAGCGAGAGCCCCACGGAGCACCCGGCGUACUGGGACGUGGUGACCAGCUACGUGCUCCAGGGCCGGACGGACGAGGCCAGGCAGGUCCUGGUGAAGCAGGCCUCAUUUCAGCCAGCUGCCAGGGCCAUGUUUAAACUCCUGGACUCCCUCCUCAUGAAGAUGCCCAUCUUCAGCCCGGGCGGGACCCAGACUCUGACGGAGUUCGAUGUUGAGUGGCGGCACUGGCGCGAGGAGUGUGACCGCUGUCUCCAGGACAACUCCUUCGCCAGCAACCGCCACCUGGAGGCCAUCUGCAAGAUCCUGGUUGGUGACGAGGACACCCUGCUCGAGCACAAGGACCUCCUGGGGACCUGGUACCACUUCCUGGUGACCCGGCUGCUGUAUUCUCAUCCCACGGUUAAACCCACAGAACUGCAUUACUACGCCCAGUCCAGCAUGGACAUGUUCCUGGACACUCGCAGUGGUCCCGAGCCUCUGGACAGCAUCCUGCUGGCUGCCUUCGAGUUCGACAUCCACCAGGUGAUCAAAGACUGCAGCUUCGCCCUCAAUAACUGGUGGUUUGUGGCUCACCUGACAGACCUGCUGGACCACUGCAAACUGCUGCAGUCCCACAACCUGCACUUUGGCUCCAAUCUGAGGGAGUUUCUCCUGCUGGAGUACGCCUCCGGCCUGUUCAGUCAUCACAGCCUGUGGCAGCUGGCGGUGGGCUACUUUGACCACUGCCCCGAGUUUGGGAGGGUGUACCUGGAGCUGCAGGUGGAGAGGGUGCCCCUGGACUCAGAGCGCAAGGCACUGAAGGUGCUGCGGAUCUGCGAGCAGAGACAGAUGGCAGAGCAAGUGCGCAGCAUCUGCAAGAUCAUGGCCAAGCGAGCGCUGCGGAACAACCGGCUAGGCUCCGCCCUCUCCUGGAGCAUCCGCGCCAAGGACGCCGCCUUCGCCACGCUCAUCUCCGAGAGGUUCCUGCAGGAUUACUGCGCUCACGGAACCUUCUCCGAUUUGGACCUGAUAGACAACCUGGGCUCCGCCAUGCUGCUGAGCGACAGACUCACCUUUCUGGGGCAGUAUCGUGAGUUCCAUAAGCUGUAUGGAGAGACGCGCUUUGCUGAGGCGGCUACACUCCUGCUGUCGCUGAUGACGGCUAAGAUAGCGCCGCAGAGCUUCUGGAUGACGCUGCUGACGGACGCUCUGCCUCUGCUGGAACAGAGACAGGUGAUCUUUUCGGCGGACCAGACGUACGAGCUCAUGCACUGCCUGGAGGAGCUGACCGCGGGCAACGCCGGACCCAGCCUGGAUCAGUCCAUGCAGGACGCGGAUAUAGAAACGACCAAGGUGGAGCUGCUGCGUCUGGCUCUGGCCCGGAACCUGGCUCAGGCCAUCGUGAAGGAAGGGACGGUGGAGGGCUAGCGCCCGACGAGGCGGGGUGGCUAGCGUACGCCCAGGGACGAGCGCACAGUGGAUGGCUGGUUCAUGCUUGCCCCAACCCACCUCACUCCCCACCCCAUUGUCUACUGCUGUACAUACACUUCAUUGCAUCUGAUCAACAUGUGUUCUUUGAUAAUAAAACCUUUUUCAAUUUUUUGCAUAAG